AUUUAAUUAAUGAUUAAGACAGUCUAUGUUAACAUUCCUUCGUAUAUCGAAGACUCAAAUUAUAGAUACAAGAUGCCAAAACCUUAACUUAAGAUCGAAGGUAGAGGAAAUGGUAUCAAGACCAACAUAAUGAAUUUGCAUGAGAUAGCGAAGGCUUUAAAUUGUCAUGAUCAAUAUCCUUUGAAAUAUCUGGGUUUCGAAUUUGGUUCUUAAACUUCAUAUAAAUUUAAAAAUGACAACGAUGUGACUUGUAUUAUAAAUGGCGCCUUUUAAGACGAUUAAAUAAGAAAAUAAUUGGAUAAAUUCAUCGAGAAAUAUAUUCUUUGUUAAAAAUGUAGAUAUCCAGAGAUGUAUAUGAAAAUCAAGGGAGGCAAGAUUAUUUAUGGACAGUGCGAUUCUUGUGGACAUGUCAGUGAUUUAGAUAACGCUCAUAGAUUAGCAAGUUAUAUCUUAAAGAAUCCUCCUGGAAAUCAAUCAAUAAAAAGUGGCUAAGAAGAGGUUUAGAUGAUCAACAGCGAGGGAUAGACUGGAAAUAAGGAGGAUAAGUAAAAAAAGAAGAAGGUAUUGGCAGCUGAAGUAGGAUUGGAUUCCGAAUUAUUGGAGGCCUUCUUAGUUCAACUGAGAGACACUUACAACAGAUUGGUUGUCAAUGACAAAAUAGAUAACGAUGUUGCUGACAUGAUGUUAACCUAAGAUAUCAAAAAGUUCAAUUUGGAUAGACAUCUCAAAGACAGAGUGUGCUAUUUGAUUUUUUAGAGUAUGUUUGACGAGAAUCCUACUAAGGCCUUUGAAAGAAAUUAUGAACUAUUAACAACAUACUUCAAUGAUCUUGAUCCUUAAUUGGCCUCUUGUCAUAUUAUUUUGAAUAUCCAGUACUUAAUGAAGAAACGAAACAUUGAUGAUAAAUAUUUCACAACAGUCUUAAAAGGAUUCUACGAUUAUUCUUAUAUCGAUGAACAAUAUUUGCUUAAAUGGUUUGAAAAUACUGAUGAAUGGAAGAAUGAAUCAAAAGAGGAUUUCUUAUUUAAUGAAUAAUUAGAUAAUCAUUAUAGACAAUUGAGUGAACCCAUGAUCAAUUGGAUGAAAUCCUAAGCUGGAUAGGAGGAAGAAUAUUAUGAAGAAGAAGAAGCCGAAGGUGAGCAGCCAGAUGUAUAAUAAUGACACAUCAACGAUGUUCAUUUAUUAUUGUAUAAAAAUCAUAAUAAACUCCAUUUAA